AUGGCCUUUGCCAGCCUCUACUCGCUGGUCUUUGUGGUUGGCCUCCCACUGAACAUUGCAGCGCUGUGCGUCUUCCACUGGGCGGAGCGCUCUGUCACUACCGUCUACAUGAAGAACCUGGCCUUCUGCGACAUGCUCCUGUUAGCUUCGUUGCCUCUGAGGAUCUAUUACUACAGCAGGCGGCCGGAUCUGCCACCGGCUGUGUGUGAAGUGGCCGGGCUGCUGCUCCUGGUGAACAUGUACGGGAGCAUCUUCCUGCUGACCUGCAUCAGCUGGGACCGCUGCAUGGCGGUGUGCCUGCCGCUCAGCCCCCGAGCUCGGGCCAUGCGCCAACAAGCCAAGUACAUCUGUGCAGGCGUGUGGGCCUUGAGCGUUGCGGGAACCAUCCCCACCUACAUUGUGCGGAGCAAGGAGAAGGGGGGGUGCCGCACGCUCUGUUUUGACAGGCGCCCCCACUACAUCAUGGCUCCCAGUGUCUCCAGCGCCAUGGUGCUGGCCUUCGCCCUCCCACUGACCGUCAUGGUGAUCUGCUCCUACAGCCUGCUGCAGGCCGUGCACCGCAGUGCCGUUGCCCAGAUGGAGCUGGUCGAUGGAGCCAAGAUCCAGCACAUGGUGGUGGCCAAUGUGGCCAUCUUCCUGGGGUGCUUCCUGCCAUUCCACGUGGCUGUGCUUUGCUACCAGGUGCCGGCGCUGGCCGGAGAGCGCUUGGCCUUGGCCUACCAGUGCGUCCUGCUCCUGGCCUGCGCCAACGCCACCCUGGACCCCCUGGCCUAUUAUUUUGCCACCGAGACCUUCCGCCACUUGGUGCCCGUGGACCACCUCCUGAGGAGCCUGGCCUCCCACAGCAACCCUGCUGAGGGGGCAGAGCUGCUUGCCCAGCCUUUGGAAGCGCAGCAGCCUGUCGCCUCAGGCAUGAAGGCACCAGCCUUGGAAGGAGCAGCGGUCCCUGGGGCGGGGCAGGCGCAGUGCCAGCCCCUGUGA